GAUUACAACACAGCAGCGGCCCGGUGCGGUGUGUGCGGGACUGAAGGGGGAGCGAAUGGCUUGUGUGGUCUUCGGCGUUUAAUCACAACCAAGUGCUGCAGUUUUCCGGCAAUCCGACACCAUCCGCGCCUUCAACAUGGACCUCCAGUCCAGAGGUUUACUCUGGAGGCAUCCGACAUGUUUGUAGCGACUUGUGAUAAGUGAAUUGAUCCGUUCUGUAAAACCACACCGUCACUUUUUGGCCUUUUCCUUCACGCCAGUGUGGAUUUAAAGGGAAAGUGACAGCAGCAGCAGGCUGAAGGUUUAACAGUGUAGAGAAACAGUCGCUUUAGUGCUCCGUUACAGAGCUGCAGAGACACCGAACAAGUGCACACUCCAUCUAGGGUCCCUUUGAGUGUCCACCAGAGAACUUUACAACACUGACAGUUUGGCAGGCAGGUUCGAGACUCUCCUCAUGCAGAACCACAGGAAAUGAAUAAACCGCCUCAGCCUAUCACAGGACCGCCCUCUGUUCCUCACCCCGCCCCGUCUCCAGGAUUGACGUCGGCUGUUUAUCCCCCUGGUCAGCCCACCUCUGUUGUUUUUGCCACUCCGCCUCCACCAAUGAACUCUGCACCACAACCCAGACAGUUUGCACCAGGGCCUCGUGCUUUACAUCAACAGUCGUAUUACGCCCGGGGCAAUUUACAGAGUAACGCCCCACGAGUGGCUACUAAUAACCCGCCCCGCCCUGUCCCGCCCCCUCAUGUCUACCCCUCGUCUUCACAGAUGGUUAUGAUCCCACAGCAGCAGCUCCAGUUUCCGCCCAACUCCCAAGGCCACGCCUACUUCAUCCAGUCAGGACAGUACCGUGCGCCGUACGUUCACCAGACGCAGCAGUAUUCGGUGGCCAGCGCCCCAACAGGCUUUUACCCAGGAACCAACCCAGACUACAGCUCCACGUAUGCUGGAGCAUUUUAUCCUGCUCAAGCUCAGUACCAGCCUUCAGUGCCCACUGCGCCUGUUAUGAUGAACCCAACCCAGCAGCAACAGGCCCCGCCCCCUCAGCAGCAAGCCCCGCCCCAACAGCACAAAAGGGAACGUAAACAGAUUAGAAUACGAGACCCUAAUCAGGGAGGACGUGACAUCACAGAAGAGAUCAUGUCUGGAGGAAGGACCACGUCUACACCCACACCUCCGCAUUCUGUAGGUGCCGAGGUCAGUUCUGUCCAGACAAACGGUGAGAGUGCGACUCCUGCAGCUGCCGCUCCGGUGGUCCGACUCGACGAUUGUGUAAGGUCCUCGAGCCCUGCAGCUCCUGACUCCACCCCUCCGCCUCGUUCAGAUCCUUCCCCUGAGCCUAAAUCCGUCCCAGACGUUCUCACUGCUCCGGAGAUUCCUGUGCCUCCAGGACAAAGUGAAGACGAUGUUUCAGAACCCUCUCCCUCCUCGUCUCCCGCUCCUACGGUUCUUCCUCCGGAGCCCACGCCGAGCGACAGUGUGGACGCCCCUGAGCCACCUGAAACCCAAAAGGAGGAAGAGGAGGAGCCUAGUGUCGCCUCUGUCGAGCAGGUGUGCUUCAAGAACAUGGAGCCUGAAAAGGAGGCAGAGCCAUGUGUAGAAAUGCCACUUCCUGACUCAAACACGCCACCACCUGAGGAGGACACGCCCCCUGUAGCUGCCGCAGCCACCAACGGGGAGACAGAAUCCCACGAGUUCGUACCCACCCCACCGCCCACAGCCGUGCCGGCUUCUGAGACCGAGCUUGUCCCAGUGACCAACGGUCUGCCUCAGGAGCUUGAGGAACUGCAAGAUGAGAAACUCGAGGCAGAACCCGAGCCACUCGCUGAACCCGAGGUUCAGGAAAUCGAUGCAAAAACCUCUGCAUCUGUAGAAGAGGAGGAAGAAGAGGGCAGAGUGGAGGAAGAGCUCACUCCUGCUGAGGAGACGACUAUGCAAGCUGUUCUGUCUGUGCCAAAGAAGAAGAAGCUGAAGAAAAGCGAUCUGAAUAAUAAAGUGGUCGGAGACGUGUUGGACGCGUAUAAAGAGACGGAGGAGAAGGACCUUGUUCCUGAGCCGGUUCUCAUUGAGGUCCAGCCCUCGGAGCCUCGUCCCGCUGCCUCUCCGUCCCCCGAGGAGACAGACGAGACAUGGGAGGAAAAGGAGGAUAAGCUGGACACGGAGAACGUCGAGCCUGAAACGGCCAAAUCCGUGGAACAGAAGUAUCAGUAUAAAGAGGAGCACUGGAAGCCCAUUAAUCCAGAGGAGAAGAAGCAGUACGAUCGGGAAUUCCUGCUGCGCUUCCAGUUCAUCAGUGCCAGCAUGCACAAACCCGAGGGCCUUCCGCACAUCUCAGAUGUCGUUCUGGACAAGGCUAAUAAAACACCGUUGCGGCCGUUGGAUCCGAGCCGUCUGAUUAAUUGCGGUCCCGAUUUCACGCCUUCGUUCGCUAAUUUGGGCAGAGCGCCCCCUGGAGCAGGACGAGGACCUCCCCCAGGGCCACGGCGGUCUCAGCAGGGUCAGCGUAAAGAACCGCGCAAGAUCAUCGCCAGCAUGUCCCUUAAUGACGACGUGCAACUGAACAAGGCUGAGAAAGCCUGGAAGCCGGGGGUGAAGAAGUCCCGUGGCGACGAGGAUGAUCCGGAAAACAUCAAGACCCAGGAUCUGUUUCGAAGAGUGCGCGGCGUCUUAAACAAACUGACGCCGCAGAUGUUCCAGCAGCUCAUGAAACAGGUCACAGAGCUGACCAUCGACACCGAGGAGAGACUCAAAGGAGUCAUCGACCUCAUCUUCGAAAAAGCCAUUUCUGAACCCAACUUCUCCGUCGCUUACGCCAACAUGUGCCGCUGCCUUAUGGGGCUGAAAGUGCCCACCACUGACAAACCGGUAGCCACUGUGAAUUUUCGCAAACUGCUGCUGAAUCGCUGCCAGAAGGAGUUUGAGAAGGACAAGGAUGAUGAUGAGAUCUUUGAGCAGAAGCAGAAGGAGCUGGAUGCUGCUGCAGAGGAGGAAGUUCGCCAGCAGUUAAAAGUCGAGCUGGAGGAAGCAAAGGACCAAGCUCGCCGCCGUUCCCUCGGCAACAUCAAGUUUAUCGGAGAGCUGUUCAAGCUGAAGAUGCUGACAGAGCCGAUCAUGCACGACUGCAUCGUCAAGUUGCUGAAGAACCACGAUGAGGAAAGUCUCGAAUGUCUCUGCAGACUCCUGUCUACCAUAGGCAAGGACCUGGACUUCGAGAAGGCCAAGGUAACUAGUCCUCGUAUGGACCAGUACUUCCACCAAAUGGAGAAAAUUAUUAAAGAGAGAAAAACAUCUUCACGAAUCCGCUUCAUGCUGCAGGAUGUGUUGGACCUGAGAAAAAAUAACUGGGUUCCCCGGCGAGGUGACCUGGGCCCUAAAACCAUCGACCAGAUCCAUAAAGAGGCAGAACUGGAGCAACACAGAGAGCAGAUAAAAGUGCAGCAGCAGCUUCUGUCCAAGAAAGACUCGAGUCGAGGAAGAGGAGGCAGAAUGAAUCAGCCUCAGGACGAGGGCUGGAACACGGUACCCAUCAGCAAGAACCGGCCCAUCGACACGUCCCGCCUCAGCAAGAUCACCAAGCCUGGUGCUUUGGAUUUCAACAAUCAGCUUCUUGCCCCCGGAGGAAAGGGAUCAUGGGGCAGUUGGGGUAAAGGGAGCAGUGGUGGAACCGGAGCCAAAACCAGCACUGAACAAGAUGCAGGUCGGCCGGCCACGAGCACCCUGAACCGCUUCUCGGCUCUUCAGCAGUCAGGCCCUUCAUCCACAUCCUCUUCAUCCUCGCUGGAGUCUGAGCGCAGAGUUCCUCAAAGGAGCAGCUCGAGUCGAGACCGCAGCGAGCGAGACCGUUUCGAUCGCUUGGAUCGUCGGGACAGUCGUGAGGACCGAGACCGAGGGCUGGACAGGACACGAGUCCCCAUCACUAAACGCAGCUUCAGCAGGGAGAGCGAGGACCGGUCUCGAGGCGGAGACGUACGCCGCGUCUCCAGCAUGACGGACGAGAGGGAACGUGGAAGCCGAGACCGAACCGCCAGCAGAGAGACGGCAGUGAAGAGUGAAACGACUUCGAUGCCGCCGCCGCCGCCGCCACCCGCUCCGAGCAAACCGGCCCUGAGUGAGGAGGAGGUGGAGAAGAAGUCCACCGCCAUCGUAGAGGAGUAUCUACACAUCAAUGACCUGAAGGAGGCAGUGCAGUGUGUAAAGGAGCUGAACAGUACUUCGGUGCUCUUCGUGUUUGUACGUAACGCCGUGGAGUCGACGCUUGAGCGCAGCACCAUUGCCCGAGAGCACAUGGGACUUCUUCUGCACAAACUAAUCAGCACUGGCAUUUUACCUCCUGAUCAGUACUUCAAAGGGCUUCAGGAGAUUCUGGAGGUGGCUGAUGACAUGGCUAUUGACAUUCCACACAUCUGGCUGUAUCUGGCAGAGAUCAUCACACCCAUGCUGCAGGACGGUGGGAUCUCCAUGGGGCUGGUCUUCAGAGAGGUGGCGAAGAAGUUGCUGUCGAUAGGAAAAGCUGCUGUGCUGCUGGUUCACAUCCUCAACCUACUCUGUAAAGGACUGACUCACAAAAAAGUUGGUGCCUUGUGGCUCGACGCAGGACUCAACUGGAAAGACUUUCUGCCUGAGGAUGAGGAUGUUAACAAGUUCGUGACCGAACAGAAAGUGGAGUUUACGCUGGGGGAGGAGCCUGAAAAACCCAGGAAGAAGGAGCUGAACGCAGAGGAGCUGAGCAAGAACCUCGACCGGUUGAUUCAGGACAAAACCAACAACCAGAGGAUCCAUGACUGGGUGGAGGCAAAUCUCGACGAGCAGCAGAUGACCUCCAGCUUGUUCAUCCGAGCUCUAAUGACCUCUGUGUGCCAAGCGGCGAUCAUCUGUGAGAACCCGUAUAAGGUGGACGUGGAGCAGGUCACCCAGAGGGCCAAGCUGCUGCAGAAGUACCUGGUGGAUGAGCAGAAGGAGCUGCAGGCACUCUACGCUCUCCAGGCUCUCAUGGUGCGACUGGAGCAACCGGCCAAUUUACUGCGGAUGUUCUUUGACACGCUGUAUGACGAGGACGUGAUAAAGGAGGAAGCGUUCUACAAGUGGGAGUCCAGUAAAGACCCGGCCGAGCAGGUGGGCAAAGGCGUGGCCCUCAAAUCCGUCACAGCGUUCUUCACCUGGCUCCGAGAGGCAGAGGACGAAUCAGAUAACAGCUAAAAAAUAAAAGUAUGGAGCGGUACUGCAACGAGGGAAAAGGACUACAAACUGAACUUGGACACAGACUACAAUCACUUCUCUUUAGUUUUUCUUUUUCUUUUUUUUCUUUUUUCCCUUGUUCACUUUUGGAAAAAAAUAAAGGUUCUUCUUGAGGGGGGCUUUUAGUUAGAGUGGAUGAGAAGGUUGUUGAUUUUUUUCCCCCCUCUCGCUGCAAAACGCCCCGUCCCCGUAACCCACCCUGCCCCGCCCCGUGUAUGCUGCUCUUAUUAACCCGUCAGUGUAGAUGAAAACGCAGCGUUAGUGUAUGAAGUGGUGAUGUAUAUAAGACGCUCUGGAGGCGUGAGUGCGAUCAUGCUGUUAACGAGCUCUUAAUUAGGAGCUUUAUCCUCUCUGGUGUGCGUGUAAGAAGCCUGGUGUUACUUUUAACAUGUAAGAAGGAAGACGGUGAGAAUCAAGUAUUUACUGACGGCUCUGAUUUUUUUUAUUUAUUUUGUUUUUCCCCCCCGUUUAAUUUUUAGAGCAGGUGUUGAUCUGGAUUCAUGGGGACGAACUUGGGUCUUUGCCUCAUGCCUCACCCCAACCCCCCCACCACCCCCUUUUUUUUUUUAAAUAAAAUAUAUAUACAUUCACGCUGCUGGGAAAAAGGUUACCAUUCUUCCUUCUAAGACAUCCCUCUGUUUAUCUAGCGCGCUCUCACUCUGCCUACGUGGCAUUCUUGUUUUUUUUUUGUUUUUUUUAAAACCUCUUGUGGGUUCUCACCAUCAACCCCCAUCACCCCCACCCCCAGCCCUGCUCAAACAAAACCUGCUUCUUUCUUUCUUUUUUUUUCUUUUUUUUUUUUUUAAUAUAUAAAUAAAGGUAAUUCAUUAAAGAAGAUAACUUGAAGACUGGACAAUGCAAUCGUCUAAAGCAUCUGAGACAGAAACAAUCUGAAAAGUGUUUCUGCUCGCACUGAAGUGGGAAACAUUUCAGGAGAAUUCUGUACAUAUGAAAGGGUGUUUUUUUUUUUUGUUUUUUGUUUUUUUUUUUUUCCCAAAAAAACCUAAAAAUUAGCAAAAUGCUGUUUAAUGACCUGCAAUUUUUUUCAGAUAGAAAUAGCAUUUUUUUUUUCUUGUAUUCUAUUUAAUUUUUUUUUCUCUUCCCUUCUUCCAGGUGAGAGGUGCUUAAUAAUCCAUUGAUUACAGUUUUAUUGAAAAAAAAAAUGUAAAUAUUUUUUGCUUUACUUUAUUAUUUAAGGAUUUAUUGCUUCUUUCACAUCAGAAACUGGAAACCGCUGAAGAAACACAUUAAAAAUAAAAGAUUAUAAACUUG